AUCCCAUCCAGCCAAUUACUCCUCAGGCAGAAGAGACAAGGCCUAUUCCAAGCUGCUUUCGUUCAAAUCCGACUCUCCGCCUUCGCAUCCGCCAUGACAGAUUCGAAACGUGACCACUCGGCCCAGUUCGACCCAGCGUCACUCGACGCGAAUCAGCACGGGAUCACACAAAAUACCAUUGACGAACAGAAGUCCAACUACGGCUCCAAGACUUCGGUGGACCGCGACGUUGGGGGGAAGAUGCCCGCUUCCAAAGUCUCCACGGGGGCUUACAGUCUACCCGAGAUCAGCAGCGGUGGACAGUCAUUGAGCGACAGUGUGAACGAAGCGUUGCAAGGCAGGACGGGCAUGGCGCAGGACAAGGCACAGCGGAUCGGCGAUGGUCUGAAAGUUGGGGCGGAGGAAGAUCUGCACGACCUGGCGGCGGCGAAGCAGCCGUGAGCCCCCCCGCUGUUGUCGGGUUGUCCUGUGUGCACGUUCGAACAAACGAUGCUCGGCUAGGAGCAUUUAUCGUUCAAAGCAGUUUGGUCAUACACAGGGAUCAGAAUGGGUAUAUGGGGG